AUGUAUGCAUUGAUUUCAAGUUUGAAUUUCACUCUUGCACUUGGACGUGGUUUUUGCAUAGCGAGCCAAAUGGAUCGAUUAAGGUCGUUGGGAAGCGUGCUUUUUGGGGUACCAUGGAGGCCAUGGGGGAUGGAAUGUGAUGUCGAUGGCGAUAAUGUGAUUCACAGAAUAACGCGAGAAGAAUACGAUGAACCAAUUCAGGAUGCCUAUGUGGAGUCAUUGGCACGUAUGUCAUAUGCAGAAUUGGAUGACAAAUACAAUCCAGGUCCGACAUUACCAGAUGGAAGUGUGAACUUUGAAUGUCACUGUGUUGGCCACUUAGUCGCCAGUCCAUGUGGUCAUGAAUUUCGUGAGGCAAUAAAGUGCCAGAAAAGUGCUGGAGAAGCAGAGUUGGAGGAAGGAGCUUGUGCGACCGAGUUUAUGAAUUUUAUGAGAUGUGUUAUUCGAACGGAAUGCUUCAAAAGUAUACGUGAUCCUAAUGAUGAUGAAGGGGGAGAAGAACAGAAAAGCGCUGAAUUGGAGAAAUCGGUGCAUUCUGAUCAAACAUUGUAA